CACACACACCUGCAAAUCUGUGGGUUUACUCGGAGAAAGCAAGAGACAUAUAGUGAUUGCCCAAGGUCCCUACAUAUACUGAUGUGUGUUGCAGGUGCAACACUGAGCACAGCCUUGACGCUGCCCCUGUGCGGCGUGAUCAUAGCGGUUCACGGGUGGGCAGCAGCCUUCUAUGUGACGGGUGCGCUGUCCCUCGUCUGGUGUGCCUUCUGGUUCACCUUCAUGCACGACUCGCCCAGGCAGCAUCCCAGGAUCUCCAGCAAAGAGCUGCGUUACAUCGAGGACGCCCUAAGGGCAUCCGGCACCAGCUGCAGCCGCCCGACUAAGCUGCCCCUGAAGAACAUCUUGACAAGCCUUCCUGUUUGGGCCAUUGUCGUGGGUGACGUCGGCAACACUUUCGGCUUGAAUCUGUUCCUUACUCAGCUUCCAACCUACAUGAAGAAUAUACUGGGAUUCUCUAUCAGAGAGAAUGGGGUGGUCUCUGCUCUCCCUUUCUUAUUGCGUUACACAGGCGCUCUCACCUGGAGCAAUCUAGGGGACUGGUUGAUUCGUAAAGGUUUUCUUUCCAUCAGAAAGUCGCGGAAACUGUUCAGUGUCAUUGCAAUGUGGGGACCUGGAGUACUGAUCAUCGGCGUAGUAUAUGCAGGCUGUAACUCACAAGCAAUUGUGACUUUCAUUUGCUUGGCGCUCUUCUUCAAUGGUGCUGUGACCGCAAGCAUAACUGUUAAUCAUACAGAUAUUGCUCCUAAUUUUUCAGGAACGCUCUUCGGGAUCGCCAACACGCUCUGUAGCUUUGGCGGCUUCUCUGUUCCAGUGAUGGUUGGCUACAUGACUAAUGGAGAGCAAACCCCGGGUCAGUGGCAGAAAGUAUUCUGGAUCUUCAUACCCGUAUACAUCGUCACGGAGAUCUUCUUCCUCGUGUUCAGCUCCGGCACAGUUCAGCCAUGGAACUAUGGAGAGGCAGGCGAGCGGAGGGAAAAUGCCGACGAGUCCGAGCUGGAUAAACUAAAGGAACAGGAUGUCAAAACAUCAGUUAAUUAACUGAAAUUAAAAAAGAGAAAUGUGUAUUGGUGGAUGUGUGACCGUUGUGUUUCCACGAACAAUAUACAAUAAAUAACGUAGUAAA